AUGGCAGGAAGACCCCCCAUCCGCCCUAGGCUGGCCUGGCAGGAGAGACCCCCCAGCCGCCCCAGGGUGGCCUGGCAGGAGGAGGUUGGGGCUCCCCAGGAGGUCACAUCUCCACCGCAGCCCAACCAGGUGGAUGUGGCACAGCCACUGCAGAUCGAUGCUGGCUGGUUACCUGUCUACCAAUUCGAAAGGACACGGGUGGACUCCAUCAUGUCCUUUGUCAGCAGCCCAGAAAAGGAGGAGAGCCAGAAGAUUCCGUUUCUUCAGAACAUUUGUGACCUGUGCUACAACAGCAAGCGCCACGGCCCUCCACAGGGCCUAGAUCUCUUCUGCCAGAGAUAUGGUCUGGCAGAGAAUAUCAAGGUGCUGCUGGAAGAGGAGCCCAGAAACAAACUGCGCACGGCGGUGCGGUGGAACGCCAUGCUUGCCAUUGCCGAACUGAGCGCAGUGGAGAGGGCGCUGGAGGGCAAGGAGGCAAGCCUCCUCCAAGCCUGCUUCUCUAGUGUCUUCUUGCUUCCUCCAGAAGAGAAAAUGCAGGAUAUGGGCCGUUAUCUCUUCUUAAAAACCAUGGAAGCCAUGGACAACAUGCUGCAGGCAUUGGUGCUCGGCUCUUCAGCCUCCAGAGUCAGCGAGCUGCUCCAGAAUAUCUUCCAGAUGCUCUUGACCUUCACCACCUCUGAGAGAGAAUGUGUGCAGGAGAGGGCUGUGGGGAGGAUUGAGAAGAUGAGCUCUGCGCUAUUCAGACAUCCCACACUGGCGUCCUGUGCGAGAUACCUCAGAACUUCUGAAAGGACAGACAUCGUCCUUGUGUUCAUCGAGGCGAUGAGAGACUCCAGCAUCUUUGACAAGAAGCGGGCAACAGACUUGCUGGACAUGGUCAUGGAAUUCCCUGACUUCUGGCUGGCGGAUCUGCCAAAGAUCAUGAGAUGCAUCCACAAAAACCUGGACAGCAUCAACACAGCACCAGCUCGGCAGAGCGUGGCGUCCCUGCUUCUGCUCAUGGCUGACAGGAGACCUGGGAAGGUGCUCACAACGCUGCUGAGGAUUGCUCCACCAGGAGACAGGCUGCCCUGCUGA